CAGCUCGAUAUCGUUGCAUGACAGCUCACGCCGCCCUCUCACUGUUGCAGUAAAACUCAUCUUGCGCCUGCUUUCUGCAUCGACUUACGACCUUGCAGUUGUCUCAACUAACUGAAAAUGCUUUCCUACAUCAUCAGUCUGAUCAGAGGCGGCGUGGACAGCAUCAUCAACCUGAUCUUCAGACUUUUGUUCUCAAAGAGGAGACCUGCCAUCACCUUGGAAGACCCCAACAUCAAGUAUGCACUGCGGCUGCUGGACAAAGAGAUUGUCAGCCAUGACACGAGGAAGUUUCGCUUUGCACUGCCCUCCCCUGAACACGUCUUGGGUCUGCCCAUUGGGCAGCACAUUUAUUUGUCUGCAAAAGUAGACGGGAAACUUGUCGUCCGUCCGUACACGCCCGUGUCCAGCGACGAUGACAAAGGCUUUGUGGAUCUGGUGGUGAAGAUUUACUUCAAAGAUGUCCAUCCUAAAUUCCCUGAAGGCGGGAAGAUGAGUCAGUACCUGGAGAGCCUCAGGAUCGGCGACACCAUCGACUUCAGGGGACCCAGCGGCCUCCUUGUUUACAAAGGCAGAGGUGUUUUUGCCAUUCAGCCAGAGAAGAAGGCCCCGGCUGAGAUCAAGACGGCCAAACACGUGGGCAUGAUUGCUGGGGGGACAGGAAUCACUCCCAUGUUGCAGCUGAUCUCGGCUGUGAUGAAGGACCCUCAGGACACCACAGUGUGCUACCUGCUGUUUGCCAACCAGACUGAGAAAGACAUCCUGCUGAGACCAGAGUUGGAGGAGAUCCAGGUGAACAACCCGGACCGCUUUAAGCUGUGGUUCACCGUGGACAGAGCGCCUGCAGACUGGGAGUACAGCCAAGGCUUCAUCAACGAAGACAUGGUGAGGGAACACCUGCCACCUCCGGGCGAUGACGCCCUCAUCCUCAUGUGUGGACCGCCACCUAUGAUCCAGUUCGCCUGCAUCCCGAACCUGGACAAAGUGGGACACUCUGCCAGUCAGAGGUUCGCCUUCUAGACGCCGGCCCACCCCGAAGAAUUGGAGGUUUGGGGAUUACAGAGGGUGUUCAGUUAUUAUUUACUCUGCCCUGAAACAUUAAUGCACUCGUACAGUCACAGUGGGGUUUUGCACUAUGUAUACUACUAUAUUUACGCCGUGAUAUUUGUGUGCAGCGGAAUCAUAGCAAGGACCAAUUAUGUGUGAUCGGGAAGUGUAGCAGAAGGGCGGGAACAUGCGUUAUGUUUGAGCUUUAACAGGAGGAGUUCUGUGAUGAAUAAUGGAAAGACACGUUCGGCUUGUUGGCUUGAAAAAUUCAGAUGUGAUUCAGAAAGAUGUUGCAAACAAACCCUGCUGUCCUGCUGUGGCCUCAGUUUGCCUCAACGAUCAGAGGAGUCGAGGUCUCCUGGCUGUUUUCUGAGUGCCUUAACACAUGCAAAGCUUUUUUUUUUUUUUUUUUUAUGCACAGAUAAAGAAUUGUGAUCAUCACUUGCUUUGAUCUAUACUGAAUUGUACUGUUGCAUUACUGCUGUUGAAUAUUUGUUACAGAGUCCAGACGUCCAUCUGUUUAGUCAGAGAUAUAUUUUUGCUUAAAAUUGUUAACGGUGGUUUGUAACGCGGCAAGUCUGGCAACAGUGGCUACUUGUGGUUAGAUAUGCAACAUAAAAAAAAAAAAAUCAACUGCUAUCGAGUCUGAGAUGCUUUGGUAAUCAUUUCCUGUCAAAAUGUUUGGAAAGAUCUCACUGUGCAACCUUUAAAACAUCCUCAUAUACGUGUGUUGAAGCAUCGCCCCAAGGUGCUGCAGAAACUGAACACAAUGGAGGGGGAAUAAAUCAUUUUCUUCUUUUUUUAUUACAAAACAGUUAAAAACAACGA